GUGUCUGGACACCGGAGAGCCCCGCACGGCUCGCCCACCGCCGGCGACGUCAGCCGCUCGUCGCCGCCGCCCAAACCGGCGCGGCACAUGCACAUGCCGCCGGAUGACUUCAUUUAUUUUUUACGCCAUUGCAGCAGUAUAAACUCAUGCACCCACCCUGCGAGCAAACGAAGCACACACCGCAGUGCAUGCACUCCAACCAUAUCGAUCCCGCGCGCCCGAUCAGCUAGGUCAUGGCCGUCGACGCGAUGUUCGGCAGCGUCGCCGUCGCGCUGCUGGCGGUGGUGGUGGCUGCUGCGGCGCUGCGGCGGUGGAGGCGGCGGCGGCGGCGGGGAGGCGGGAGGCCGCUGCCGGGGCCCGUGGCGCUGCCGGUGGUGGGGCACCUGCACCUGUUCCGGAGGCCGCUGCACCGCACCCUGGCGCGCCUCGCGGCGCGCCACGGCGCCGCCGUGAUGGGCCUGCGCUUCGGGUCCCGCCGCGUCGCCGUCGUGUCGUCGGCGCCCGCCGCCGAGGAGUGCCUCGGCCCGCACGACCUCGCGUUCGCCAACCGGCCGCGGCUGCCGUCGGGGGAGAUCCUGGCGUACGAGUGGUCCACCAUGGGGACGGCCAGCUACGGGCCCUACUGGCGCCACAUCCGCCGCAUCGCCGUCACCGAGCUGCUGUCCGCGCACCGGGUGCAGCACUUCGCCGACGUCAACGUCCGCGAGGUGCGCGCCCUGGCGCGCCGCCUCUACAGGCGGGCCGCCGCCGCGGCCGCCGCGGGGGCGCGCACGCGUGUGGAGCUCAAGUCGCGGCUGUUCGAGCUGCUCAUGAACACCAUGAUGUCCAUGAUCUGCGAGAGGACCUUCUACGGCGCCGACGACGACGAGGUGAGCGAGGAGGCGCGGUGGUUCAGGUCGGUGGUGAAGGAGACGAUGGAGCUGAGCGGCGCGUCGACGGUGUGGGACUUCCUACCAGCGCCGGCGCGCUGGCUGGACGCCGGCAGGAUGACGCGGCGGAUGCGGGAGCUGUCCGACAGCCGGACGAGGUUCUUGCAGAGGCUGAUCGACGACCAGAGGAAGGACAUGGACGCCGACUCCGACGAUCACGCGCCGGCGAAGCGGCGGACCAUGAUCGGCGUCCUCCUCUCCCUGCAGAGAAAGGACCCCGACUCGUGCCCCGACCAGCUCAUCCGCUCCCUCUGCAUCGGCUCCCUGCAAGCCGGGACGGACACGUCGGCGGCGACCGUGGAGUGGGCGAUGUCGCUGCUGCUGAACAACCCCGGCGCGAUGGCGAGGGCUCGCGGCGAGAUCGACGCGUGCGUGGGGCAGCCGGCGGCGCGGCUACUGGAGGCGGCCGACCUCCCCAAGCUGCACUACCUCCGGUGCGUCGUGAUGGAGACGCUCCGGCUGUACCCGCCGGUGCCGCUGCUGGCGCCGCACGAGUCGUCCGCCGACUGCGUCGUCGCCGGGUUCCACGUCCCCCAGGGGACGAUGCUGCUGGUGAACACGUUCGCCAUUCACAGGGAUCCCCAGGUUUGGGAUGAACCAGAAGCCUUCAUCCCAGAUAGGUUUGCGGAUGGAAAAAACGAAGGGAAGAUGGUGAUCCCGUUUGGUAUGGGGAGACGGCGGUGCCCAGGAGAGAAUUUGGGGAUGCAAAUGGUAGGACUUGCCCUUGGGACAUUGAUCCAGUGUUUUGAUUGGGAAAGGGUUGGGGAAGAGCUGGUUGACAUGAGGGAGUGCUCUGGCCUUACAAUGCCAAAGGAGUUGCCUCUCGAGGCCCUCUAUCAACCUCGAGCUUCCAUGGUUGAUCUUCUUACGAAGAUUUAGUCAGCACCAUAAAAAAUAAUUUGUUGUUCAACUUUUGUAAUGUAAGGAAUAAUCGGGCAAGUGCGGUUUCAAAGAUAAUUGGGCUGUUCAUCUUCUUUAAAUUUCCAAGAUUCACCUCUACCAAUUGUGGCUUUGUCAACUAGAAAAUUCUGGCAAGUACUUAAGUGGAUCCUAUUAUCGUG